AUGGCCCUUCUACCCUCUACGGCCUCGCCGCUACAGGCCUUUGUCAGGGCCCAAUUUCUCACAAAGCCAGUCCCGCCGCCUCUGUCAACGUGCCUUGGCGGACAGACGGCCAUUGUGACGGGAGCUAACACCGGUAUUGGUCUUGCUGCGGUUGGCGGCCUUCUCAAAUGCCAUGCCUCCCACGUCGUUCUGGCGUCGCGAUCGGUAGAAAAGGGAGAAACCGCCGCUGCUCCGCUCCGCAAGCAGUACCCCGACGCUCGGAUCGAAGUGUGGCAGCUUGACAUGCUGUCUUAUGAGUCUAUCCAAGGCUUUGUCAAAAAUUGCAGCAAUCUCCCCCGUCUCGACAAGGUCAUCCUCAACGCAGGCGUGGCCAUGGCCGAUUUCGUCAUCAACAAGGCGACUGGCCACGAGUCGACUUUCCAGGUCAACUACCUAUCUACCGCGCUCCUAGCCAUCCUCCUUCUUCCCAUUAUCAAGUCGAAGCGACAGGCCCAAGGCCCGGGAAGAAUCACAAUAGUCGCCUCUGGGUUGGCACUCCAGUCCAAAUUCGCCAACCGCGACGCCAACCCUCUCAUCCCGUCGUUUGACGAUCCUAAGGGCUGGGGAACUGCGGCCGCACUUGAGCGAUACGGUCUGACCAAGACGCUGGUGUUGAUGCUGGUUCAGAAGCUCAGUGAGAACGUGGAGCCCACCGACGUCGUCAUCAACGCUAUAGAACCGGGACUAGUCGGGGGCUCUGGUCUCCAACAGCACGCUCCCGCGUAUCUGCGGGCCGUCUUCCGCUUUAUUCACGCAAUUGCAGCGCGAUCAACCGAGCAAGGGGCCUGGGCGUAUCUGGAUGCAGUUGCGGUAAAAGGCCAAGAAAGCCACGGUGGCCUGGUGCUGAACUGGGACCUCCAUCCGUUUCACCCCAUGAUGUAUGAGCCAAGCGGCAAGAAGAUCACAGAGAGAUUGUGGGAAGAAACGAUGCAGGAGCUGAGUUUUGCUAAAGUGCAGGGUAUCAUUGACUCUUUGCACAAGACGCAUUGA